CCAAACAAUAUAAGACGCGAAGAAGAAGAGAGCGAUUUGUUUGGAAAAUGGCGGGCGCUUUGACAGAGAAUCAGCUUGUACAUGAGGUUUACGCUUCGCUGAAGGCUGCGUCGUGUCCUUUGGUGGACGGUUUGUACCUAAAUGACACAGACAGCAUGUUACAGCUGCUCUGUGCUCCAUCACAGCUCCGCACAGACAUACUGGCGUGGAUCUGCACCAGCAUCAACCCAAACUUUACUGAUUCCAAGGCGAUGUCGGGGAGAUCCACAGACCCAGAAGUUCUGAAUAAAGAAAUGGCUGCGCUUGGACAGGAGCUGAUGCUAUGCAAGUCAGGUGACCUGGACCUGAUCAGGGGUAAUGCGAGUGCUGACCGGCAGCUUCGUUUCCUGGAGCAGCUUCUAACUCUCGUUCCGGGUUGCCAGAAGUCUGCUGAGAACAGAACCGAUGCAGAUGCGCUCCUGAACGAGGUCUUCGCUGCUGAGAAUCUGCCCAACCUCACACAAGCCCUCAAACCCAAAUUUUACCCCUGGCCUUCCCGCACCAACACGACUUUGCAGAAGGAGACCAAGUCGGCUAAUGAGGCAAGCGGAGAAGAGCCUGCUGAUAUUGAUGCCCUUCUACAGUUGACUCAGUCAGCGCUGGAGAAGCUACAGUCAGAGUGUGACUUCCUGCUCGAUGAGGACAGUCCUGCGGUUUUCUCUGUGAACACGCUGCGUGUGGCGGCGUGUGACCUCCAGCAGCUGAUGUCCACCUUCAGCCACGUUUAUGAGACAGACCUGAGAAUGUAUUGCAGCAAAGACAUCCCCCACUUCAGCAAAGACACUGACAUCUUCCACAGAGUACAUCAGCUACUUCUGGCCUGCAACACGGAAUUGGAAAUGCUUAAAGAAGUAACCAGCGCUUCUGAAUCUGUGAGUGAGGAAGUCAAGCAGCUACAGACGCAGUCUCAAUACUGGAGACACGGAGAGAAGCGCACGUUACACGAUCAAAUAGAGGUAAUUACCAAACGAAUUGGAGAAUUUCUCGCCGAACUUCAAUCCUGAUGACAUCACUGACACUAAAACUGAGCCAGGUGUCCUCUGCUGCUGUGAUGCAUGUCUCUUCUCCUGUACUGGUGUUAAAGGCUCAGUUCUUGUAGUCACCAACCUGCUCCUGGCUUGUCAUCUCUUCUCAAAUACUCCUCACUCUUCCUCUUCUUGCUCUUUCCCACCACAUGAAUGGGGAAACAAUUCUUCCUGAAUGUGAGGAGGUGGUAAAGCUGAGGACUGUUUGUACAGACUAGAGUUUGAGCUGUGGUGUUAAAACAGAACUGUGGUCAAAAAGCGUUCUAUCAGCCGUUGCUCGGGUAUUACGGCAGAAUCUCACAUCUUUCAGAGAAUUAAGGCUGUUUAAUGGAGUCAAACACUGACUUGUCUAGAGCUGCAUUGAGACGUGGUAAAUGAACUAACUUGCAAAUCAUGCUACGACUUUCUCUGUUGCUUUCCAUAAAGCUACAAGGGUGUGUUGCAGGCUCCAUGUGAACGGCCAGAUAAGUUUGGGAACAGAAGGGUAAACUGAAAAGGAAUUUAGUUGGAGAAAACGGUCGGUUUUAGGGUUGCACAGUUCAUUAAAUGGUGAUCAUGAUGAGGAUUUUGGUUUCCACAAUUAAAUAAACAAAUUUUGAGGUUUUAAAAUGUGUAGAAAACAAACCUUAGAUGCCUUAUUUUGCAAUUUACUGAAAUUGUUGGUCUUGAAUCUGUCUGAACUGCAGUAACUGAGCAGCUCAUGGAACAACCUGUAUUUUUAUAUCGCAGAAAACUAAUAUCACGAAGCCCUACCCCAUUAGUAUGUUUAUCUUGAAUAUGACUGAAGUGUUGGGCAGGUUUGUGCACCAUCACAACAUUAUACUAACAUGAGUUUCUGUAACUGUACAGUCAGAAUUUACUGCCUUAACUUGCAGCACCCUUAACACUUGAAUGUUGUAUAUUUUAAUACUGAAUAAAUUAAUGUUUCAAACUUUCUAA